AUGACCGUUUUAGGGCGGAAAGCUCCCGUCGUAUUCAAGAGGCGGGUCUACGGCUCGGUUCUAGAUUUUGAUUGGACUCCUUUCUCUCUAGACCUGUCUAAAACCCGUCUGCUCGUACUUGGUUGGUCCGCUAGCAGGAAGUCCUUCUCCGAGGCUGAAGCCGCCGAGUUGCCCUCAGUGCUCUCUGUCUAUUUUAUUCUCACCGAGGAGUGUGUGUUGCUCCACUGUGAGAGCAAUGCAAUGAUAAAAGCCGCAUAUGCGGUACGCUACACACCUAUCAGGCAGGAAAAUAACCCAAGAAACAGCCUCAUCCCGGUUCCCCUCACACCGCAGCCUUAUCCACACCUCAAAGCGGAACCUGAAGUGCCAGAAGUACCAUGUCCAGGCCAACGGGGGGCGGUGCCAACGAUGUCACCCGCUUCCUGUCAUCGGGCACAGCGCCAGGGUCUCCCAACUCCAACAACUCUAUGUUCUCUGCUGCCAGCCAGGCUGACUGGGCAGCUAAGAGGCUGGUGUGGGUGCCCUCAGAGAAACAAGGCUUCGAGUCUGCCAGCAUCCGAGAGGAGCGCGGUGAUGAGGUGGAGGUGGAGCUGACAGACAGCCAGCGGCGGGUGACCUUGUCCAGGGAGGAGGUGCAGCGUAUGAACCCUCCGCGCUUCAGCAAAGUGGAGGACAUGGCCGACCUCACCUGCCUCAAUGAAGCGUCGGUGCUGCACAACCUGAGAGAGAGAUACUACUCUGGCCUGAUCUAUACAUAUUCAGGGCUUUUCUGUGUGGUUGUGAACCCAUACAAGAACCUGCCAAUCUACACAGAAUCCAUUGUGGAAAUGUACCGAGGCAAGAAACGCCACGAGAUGCCCCCUCACAUCUACGCCAUAUCAGAGGCUGCUUAUCGCAGCAUGCUGCAAGACAGAGAAGAUCAGUCAAUCCUCUGCACAGGAGAGUCCGGAGCUGGGAAAACGGAGAACACUAAGAAAGUCAUCCAGUAUCUGGCUCAUGUUGCCUCCUCCCAUAAAGGUGGCACUCUGGGUAGAAAAAAGGAAGCUGUGCAGAUGGACGGCUCUAGGUCCUUAACAAGAGGCAGCACUAUAGUGAACAGGAGUAUGCAAUAUGGUGAGCUGGAGAGACAGCUGCUGCAGGCCAACCCUAUACUGGAGGCCUUCGGCAACGCAAAGACUGUCAAGAACGAUAACUCCUCUAGAUUUGGUAAAUUCAUUCGUAUCAAUUUUGACGUGGCGGGAUACAUUGUUGGUGCCAACAUUGAAACCUACCUCCUUGAAAAGUCUCGGGCCACCCGUCAGGCCAAGGAUGAGAGGACUUUCCACAUCUUUUACCAGUUGUUAUGUGGAGCGUCAGAGGAAACUCGAGCGGACUUGCUCUUAGGAACUGCUGAUCAGUAUCGCUUUCUCAGUGGAGGCUCGAUACCUGUUCCUGGUCAGAGCGAUUCAGAGAAUUUCACCCAGACUAUGGACUCCAUGGCUAUUAUGGGCUUCAACCCCGAGGAGUCGAUGUCCAUGCUGAAGGUGAUCUCUGCUGUGCUCCAGUUCGGGAAUAUAUCCUUCAUGAAGGAGAAGAACCAUGACCAGGCGUCCAUGCCUGAUAACACAGCUGCUCAGAAACUCUGCCAUCUGCUGGGCAUCAAUGUGCUGGAGUUCACUCGGGCCAUCCUCACCCCAAGGAUCAAAGUAGGCCGAGAGUAUGUGCAGAAAGCCCAGACUAAAGAACAAGCUGACUUUGCUGUGGAGGCCCUGGCAAAGGCAACAUACGAGCGUCUGUUCAGAUGGCUGGUCCACAGGAUCAACAGAGCUCUGGAUCGCAGACAGAGACAGGGAGCCUCCUUCAUAGGCAUCCUUGAUAUCGCUGGAUUUGAGAUCUUCCAGCUCAACUCCUUUGAGCAGCUGUGCAUCAACUACACCAACGAGAAGCUGCAGCAGCUCUUCAACCACACCAUGUUCAUCCUGGAGCAGGAGGAGUACCAGCGAGAGGGCAUCGAGUGGAACUUUAUUGACUUUGGCCUGGACUUACAGCCCUGCAUUGACCUCAUCGAGAGACCAGCCAACGCACCUGGUGUUCUGGCCCUUCUUGAUGAAGAGUGCUGGUUCCCUCGGGCCACAGAUCGCUCAUUUGUGGAGAAGCUGUCUGCUGAGCAAGGCAGCCAUCCAAAAUUCUUCAAAUCAAAGCAGCCACGUGGGGAAGCUGACUUCUCCAUUAUUCACUACGCUGGAAAGGUGGACUACAAGGCAAAUGAUUGGUUAGUGAAGAACAUGGAUCCCCUGAACGACAAUGUGGCGUCUCUUCUCCACCAGUCGUCUGAUCAUUUUGUCUCAGAGCUUUGGAAAGAGGACAUUCAAACUCUUCCUCGUGUGUACUUCUUUGACUCCUAUGCCACACUGCAGACUAAUGGCGCAGACAUGGACAGGAUUGUGGGUCUGGACCAGGUGUCGUCAGGAGAGAGCAGCGCGCCGGUCACAUUUGGAGCAGCAGGACUGAAGACGAAGAAAGGAAUGUUUAGGACUGUUGGGCAGCUUUACAAGGAGUCUCUUACCAAGCUGAUGGCCACACUGAGGAACACCAACCCUAACUUCCUCCGCUGCAUUAUCCCCAACCACGAGAAGAGGCCCGGUAAGCUUUCCCCUCACCUGGUUUUAGACCAGCUGAGAUGUAAUGGUGUUUUGGAGGGCAUCCGUAUAUGCAGACAAGGAUUCCCUAACCGCAUCCCGUUCCAGGAGUUCAGACAGAGAUAUGAGAUCCUAACCCCUAAUGCCAUUCCUCGCACCUUCAUGGAUGGCAAACAGGCAUCAGAACUCAUGAUCAGUGCUUUAGAGCUGGAUAAAAACCUGUUCAGGGUGGGUCAGAGUAAAGUCUUCUUCAGAGCUGGAGUCCUAGCUCACCUGGAAGAAGAAAGAGACCUAAAGAUAACUGAUACCAUCAUACGCUUCCAGAGCGCUGCCAGAGGCUUUCUCUCACGCAAAGCCUUUUUGAAGAAGCAACAGCAGCUUAGUGCUCUGAGGGUGAUGCAGCGGAACUGUGCUGCUUACCUCAAACUCAGGAACUGGCAGUGGUGGCGACUAUUUACUAAGGUGAAGCCCUUGCUGCAGGUGACACGACAGGAUGAGGAGAUCCAAACCCGGGAAGCAGCGCUACAAAAAGCCAAAGAACAACUCACCCGAGCGGAGCAGGACUACACAGAGCUGGACAGGAAGCACGUUCAGCUGAUAGAGGAAAAGGCAGUGCUGGCUGACCAGCUGCAAGCAGAGGCAGAGCUGUUUGCAGAGGCGGAGGAGAUGAGGGCCAGGUUAGCCAGUCGGAAACAGGAGCUGGAGGAGGUUCUGGGCGAGCUGGAGACUCGACUGGAGGAAGAGGAGGAGAGGGGUGUGCAACUGGCCAAUGAGAAGAAGAAAAUGCAGCAGAAUAUACAGGACCUAGAGGAGCAGUUAGAGGAGGAGGAAAGCGCCAGACAACGCCUCCUGCUGGAGAAGGUUACCCUGGAGACCAAAGUAAAGAGUCUGGAGACAGACCUGGUCACUGCAGUAGAGCAAAGAGACCGACUCGGCAAGGAAAAGAAACAGCUGGAGGAGCGUCUGAAUGAGGUCACCGACCAGCUCACUGAAGAAGAGGAAAAGACAAAAAGUUUGAACAAGCUCAAGAACAAACAGGAAGCUGUCAUCGCUGACUUGGAGGAGCGCCUAAAGCGUGAAGAGCAGGGUCGCUUAGAACAGGAGAAGUUUAAGAGGAGGAUGGAGAGUGAAGCUAUGGAGGCCCAGGAGCAGCUGUCAGACCUGGGAAUGCUGUCCUCUGAGCUGAGAGGCAGUCUGGCUCAAAAGGAAAAAGAAAUCACCUCCCUGCAGGGCCGGUUGGAGGAAGAAGGUGCACGCCGUGCUGAAGCUCAGAGGUCUCUAAGGGAGGCCUUGUCCCAAGUGUCAGAGCUGAAGGAGGAAGUAGAGAAUGAACGAGGGAUGCGGGAAAGAGCAGAGAAACAACGGCGAGACCUGAGUGAGGAGCUGGAGGCUUUGAGAACUGAGCUAGAGGACACUCUGGACAGCACAGCUGCACAACAGGAGCUCAGGUCUCGACGGGAAGCAGAGUUAAGUGAGCUCCAACGAUGUGUUGAAGAGGAGACUCGCCGGCACGAGAUCCAGCUUUCAGAAGUCAGAGUCAAACACAGCGCUGCCUUAGACAGCCUGCAGGAGCAGCUGGACAACAGCAAGAGAGCACGACAGUCCCUUGAUAAAGCCAAGGCAGCGCUGGAGGAGGAGAGGCAGAAUUUGACCUCUGAGCUCAAAAGCCUCCAAGCGAGUCGCUCAGAGAGCGAGAGGGGUCGUAAGAGGGCGGAUAACCAGCUACAGGAACUGAGCGCCCGUCUGGCUCAGGCUGACAGAGAGAGGGAGGACAGGGAGGAGCGAAUCCACAAGCUGCAGUGUGAGAUUGAGUCCCUCUCCGGCAAUCUGUCCUCCUCUGACUCCAAGUCUCUUCGGCUCGCUAAAGAAAUGAGCAGCCUGGAGAGCCAGCUGCAUGAUGCAAGGGAACUGCUACAGGACGAAAGUCGCCAGAAGAUGGCCCUUGCCUCAAGGGUGCGAGCACUGGAGGAGGAGAAGAAUGGACUGAUGGAACGACUGGAGGAGGAGGAGGAAAGAGGCAAAGAGCUGAGCCGACAGAUCCAAACUCACAGCCAGCAGCUGACAGAGCUACGUAAGCAGUCAGAGGAGGUGAACAGUGCCGUGGAAGCUGGCGAUGAGAUACGCAGGAAGCUCCAGAGAGAGCUGGACAGUGCCAUUCAAAGAGAGCGACAGAAGGAGGAGGAGAAAGAAAGAGUGGAGAGGCAGAGGGAGCGACUGAGGGAGGAAAUAGAGGACAUGACCAUUGCCCUGCAGAGAGAGAGGCAGAACUGCACGGCCCUCGAAAAAAGGCAAAAGAAAUUUGACCAGUGCCUGGCAGAGGAGAAGGCGGUGAGUGCUCGGCUUGCAGAAGAGAGGGACAGAGCAGAAGCAGACAGCAGAGAGAAGGAAACAAGAUGUCUAGCACUGUCCCGAGCCCUGCAGGAGGCUCAGGACCAAAAAGAAGAGCUAGAGAGAGCCAACAAGCAGCUCCGUCUAGAAAUGGAGCAGCUGGUGAACCAGCAGGACGAUGUGGGCAAAAAUGUCCAUGAGCUGGAGCGCACACGGAGGACCUUGGAAACAGAAGCACAGAACCUGCGCAUUCAGACGCAGGAGCUGGAGGAGGAGCUGUCAGAGGCAGAGAACUCAAGACUGAGGCUGGAGGUCACCCUGCAGGCGCUUAAGGCUCAGUUUGAAAGGGAGAUCAGCAGCAACGAGGAAAAGGGAGAGGAGAAGAGAAGGGCCCUGAGCAAACAGGCAAGGGAGUUAGAGAUCCAGCUGGAGGAGGAGAGGAGUCAGCGGUCUCAGUCUGUGUCAUCCAAGAAGCAGCUGGAAGCAGAACUGCAGGAAGCUGAGGCCCAGGUGGAGACAGCCAACCGUGGCAAAGAGGAGGCGAUGAAGCAGCUUCGAAGGCUGCAGGGUCAAAUGAAGGAGGUUCUGCGCGAGCUAGAUGAGGCAAAGGUGACUCGAGAUGACGUCAUCUCCCAAUCAAAAGACAGUGAAAAGAAAAUCCAAACACUGGAAGCAGAGGUCCUGCAUCUUACAGAGGAGCUGGCUGUAUCAGAGAGGCAGAAGCGACAGGCCCAGCAGGAGAGAGACGAGAUAGCAGACGAGAUGGUCAGCAGCAGUUCUGGAAAGAAUGUGCUGAGCGAAGAGAAGCGGAGGUUGGACGCACGAGUCAAUCAGCUGGAAGAAGAGCUGGAAGAAGAGCAGACUAACAGUGAACUGUUGACAGAGAGACUACGGAAGACAGCCCUACAGGUGGAGACUCUGACUGUGCAGCUGCAGGGAGAGAGGACUCUGGCCCAGAAAGCAGAGGCGGCUCGAGAGCAGCUGGAGAAGCAGAACAAGGAGCUGAAGGCCCGGCUUGGGGAGAUGGAGGGAGCAGUAAGGGGCAAACAUAGGAUGAGUGUCGCUGCCCUGGAGGCAAAAAUUGAGACGAUGGAGGAGCAGCUGGAACAAGAGAGACAGGAGCGAGCAAUUGCCAACAAACUGAUGCGGAAGACGGAAAAGAAACUGAAGGAGGUGAUGAUGCAGGCAGAAGAUGAGAGGAGGCAUGCAGACCAGUACAGAGAGCAGCUGGAUAAGUCGAUGGUCCGACUGAAGCAGCUGAAGAGGCAGCUGGAGGAGGUGGAGGAGGAGAACUCUCGCUCCAGUGCCCAGAAGAGGAAGCUGCAGAGGGAGCUGGAGGAACUCACUGACAGCAGCCAGACCAUGAACCGCGAGAUAUCCUCCCUCCGCAACCAGCUCAGCUUCCCCGAAUGGAGACCAGAUAUACGUGCUGCGCUGCCUCUGUCGAUGCGUGGACGCAGAGCAUUGGUUGAUGACCUUUCAUUAGAGAACUCCGAUUCAGAAGAGCCUCCUGCCUCACCCACCCCCUCCUCUGGGGUCCCAGGGACCCCGACUCCGUCCUCAGAACACAGCCUGGACCCUCCGCCUCCCUACAGUGUCAACAACGCAGAGUGACAGGCACACAUCUGCUUAGCUACACAAACAACGCACACGCACACACAAGCAUCAGCCUCAGAGCCUCGACUGCUCGCGGUGAUGCAGAGGCAGGCACACAGCACAUAGCUACACUAGUUUUAAAUUAAAUGCCAUGUAGGAUAAAUAUCAGGCAGUUAGUUGUAAAGCAUCCUCCCUGAUAUAGCGAUGCUCUUUAAGAUUUUGCCUCAUUUUUUUCUCAACAAGUACAGAAAAUGUGUUUUAAAAAAAAAGAAAUUUUACAAAGCGUCAACUGGAAUUGAUUUUAUUUUAUAAAACAACAAAGACUUGAAGUUUCUACAUUACCACCUCUGUAAUGCACUUCUCAUAAACUAAACUACAUCUGCUCACUAAGCAGUAAAAAACUUUUACAUUUGGAUUUAUUUACAAACAUUUGAUGUGGAUUGAAUACACAGAUCAGGGCUGCUGGAAGAUGACAAUCUGUAUUCAUGUUACACGAGCAGUCAAGUACACACAUGGAGCGGAGAAUUCGCCUUCGAUAUGAGUGUGAGUUAACUUUUUAAACUUGGAAGAAUUUGGCAAAAAGAAAGAAAAUUGUCAUCUAAACACAGUGCUGCACAUUUUCUAAGUUGGCCUAACAGAUAAUAAUAAGAAACCGGGAUGCAUUACAUCGUUUUCAUAUCACCUGUCACAAUUACAGUGACACAAAGAGCUGAAAGCAGCCGACAUGCAGACAGACUCGCUGCUUUAGACGAUAAACUCUUUUCUAUAGAUUAGAAACAGUACGUUGUUAGACCACGCAGUAGAUAGUAUUAGAUAGUUUCUUUAUCUUAAAGUCUUAACAUAUUGCAUCAGAAAUUUUGAAUUUGUAUAAUUUAUAUCAAAUACCAACUUAAGUUAUUGAUCACUGCUUGUUUUCUGUCUUGUGUGUGUGUGUGUGGGGGGGGGGGCAUGUUAGUCUGAAAAUUCCUCUUCAUGCUGGCUCUGAACCAGGUUACUUUAAAGGACAGCUAAGACUUGUUUCUGUCAGCAUCUCAGCAUCGGGUUGCAGAUGUGAAUUUGCAUGGAAGACCUCUCUGGUUAACAUUAUUGCUGGUUUUAAAAAGAAAAAGGAAAAGGGGAAAGAAGAAGAAGUACACAUUUAUGGAUUCUCUUCAAUGGCAACAUAACUGGAAAUGACUUGUGGAGGACUGUAUUCAUUCAUAUUUUUAUCCAAAGCAGAACAAAUGGUUAGAAUGGGUCUUAUUUUCUUGUUUUAGAACGAUAAAGGCGUUACAUUUUAUUUUGACAAGCAUCUUGUACACUGUAAGGUUGAUUUUACUGGUUUACUGUGUAAAUUAUUAAUCAAACAAAGCUUUUCUGUUUAACCAAACGGUGGGCGUACGGAUGAGAAAAGGGACUUAAAUUUGUAGUUACCGUAGAGUAGCUGUAGAAUAGAAUAGAUGACGGGAGUAGAGGCUGGUUGGGUUUUCUAACAUGUCUUGAGUAGAAUAAACUCUGCCUCUGCUCGCGGGUCCUGUGUAGAAGAUUAGAAUAUAACUGAGCGUUAGGCUCAAAGCAUUUUCAUGGACUAGUAGUGUUAGAUUUAAAAAAAAAAAAAGACAGUGGAAACAAUGAGGAGUGAACUUUUAUGGAGUAAAUGGCAAAUAGAAAAAGAAGUUGCUUUUCUUUUUUUUACCCUGUCAACUCAAGAUGACAUUAUCUUACACCUGCUCUGAUAACCCUGCUGUGAAGCCCACUUUUAAAGUUUUUUCUUCAGACCGUCUCCAUUGUCAUAUCUUCUAUUUUUAAAAGAUGGCCUUUUUUAUAGCUUUUAUAUAGUUUAGUUUAUGACCUUCUGCUGCACUGGGGGGGUCUUAACAAAUUGGCAGAUGCUGUCUAAAGAAGCAGUUCAACCUUUUGGGAAAUUUUCUUUCUUGCUUAAUGUUAGUAUCAGUCUCUUUUUUACCUGCAUUUUAAAGCUGCAGCCAGUUAACUUAGCAAAUAGGAACUGGGGAACAUAUAGUCUGGCCUCACUGUGAAACCUGACAUUCAUAUCUGCAGAAGAAGCUGAGCUACAAAAAGAAAAAAGUGGCAAUUUCACCUGCAGGUUAUGUGUACAACUAUUUUUUAAUUAUUAAAUUACCAAAUUUGGUUGAGUCUAAUUUUAGAAUUAAAAUUUUAAAAGGGCUGUCUUUUUACCUGGCUAGGUUCGAGAUCAGUUCUUUGGAAGGAGAGUUAAAUGAGAUAUAAAACACCUCUGACUUGGGCUUUAGCUUUUGUCAAGUCAGCUAAAGCCUCAGUCAUACAUACUAGAAAUCAGCUGGCAACCUCCAGUUGCUAGGGAAAAAUCUGUAUAACCCCACUCAACUGGCAAGUGGUUGCUGGAGGUUGCUGGCUGUCAUCAGGCGAGUGCUGCAGCAAAAACCUUGUUGUGAUUUCUUUGGUGGCUAGCAGGUUGCACUUCCAUGCCAGCUAUGGUCAUGGUCAGUUUGUAUGGAAGACUCUUAGUGCUGCUUAGCAAGUAAAUUGGGAAUGUUGAAAACAAGUCUGCGCCUUCCAUGUAAGCUACUGACGACUGCCGGUCACUAUGCCUGUGUGACGGGGGCCUAACGUAAAGAAAGCCUGCCUAUGUUGAACUCUCCUCCAGUAAUCCAGUAAUGUAGUAAUAUAAUUCUUUAAUUUUCCACCUAACAAACUGGAUAUUACUCAAUAAUCUACAAACCUUAUGUGCUGAUAGGAUAGGUGAAUUCAGUUGUUUUUAGGGUUUCUGCCUUUAUGCUAAGCUAACUAGCUGCUGGGUGUAGUUUUGCAUUAAAUGUACAGACCUGUGAAAGCCACAGAUCAUCUAAUGAAAGCCAAUUUCCCAAAUGGCACAAAUACAACGAAUGUCACUGAUGCUUUAACUGGAAAAUCUGAACUAAUGAAAGCUUCGGAUCAUGUAGCUGAAACCAUAAAUGUUGCUCUGAAUGUCAGAAUCAGAAUCGCGUUUAUUGGCCAUGUAUAUGCACAUACAAGGAAUUUGGUUCUGGUAGAUGAUGGCUCUCAAGCACAGCCAUGUAAAUCACAACAACAUGUAAAAAACACAAUACACACACACACACACACACGCAUAUAUAUACAUGUACACAUGCAUACACAUACAUACACGAACAUACACAAAGCUGUGUAAACCAACCAUAAAUAACCAAUCUAAAUGUUAUAUACAUAAAAUACAGGAUGAGAGAAAUGAAGUGAAGUGAAAUGAAUACCACAGAAUGUACAUAAGGUACAGGUAAGGUUCUGAUUCUGAAUGUGUUUAUUAUUCUAAAUCAGCGGUCCCCAACCUUUUUUGAACCACGGACUGGUUAAUGUCCGACAAUAUUUUCACGGACCGGCCAUUAAGGUGUUGCGCAGAUAAAUACAACAAAAUAAAAUGAUACGACCAAGUCAAAAAGUGUGGUAUUUUUUAAAUAUAAUAAUAAACACGAAUUCACUUUGUAAUUGUGUUUCCUCCUGAACAACAUUGAGAGUAACAUCCACCUCUCUGAUGCUUAAUGCCCUCUGGUCGCUAUGGUAACACGUAAAUAUUUCUUUCAAAAUAAUACACACAACUACAACACGGGAAAAGACCCAGGGAAACCGAGUUAACGACAAAAACCCUGAAAACCAUACAUGUCAUACCCGGGCCUCAACUCGCGGCCUGGUAUUAAACGACUCAUGGACCAGUACCGGUCCGGGGAUUGGGGACCACUGUUCUAAAUAGUCCUAUAUUAUCUACACUAUACGGAAAAGAAUCAAUAAUCCUGGUGGAGUUUAUCAUUGAUUACACACGUGACCACUACAGUAGUUUUCGGUAAUCAGGGUUGUCAUCACUGUUUAAGUUAACAUGCCUCUGAUGAACUGAUAAAAACAAUUUUAUUAAUCUGCAGUCAUCCCACAUGCAUCCAUAUUUUUUGCCAUGCCAUGAUUCACAGUUAGUGACAGAAAAAAUAUGUGACUCAAGAAAGACUACUGACGACAUAUAUUUAACACCCAACUAAAGGGUUUUAAUUUUUAUUUUCUGUAUGUGUUACUCUUUUGUUUUAGUAAUAUCCAAAGGGUUUUGAUUGAACUUUUAUGUUUCUUUUAGUUUUUUUGUGUAAAUGCUGCACUUUAUAGUGUAAAACAACCAGACACUGUCAGUACGUUCUGUCUGCUUUGUCACGCGGUUUGUCACAAAAAAAGGCCGACAUAGCAUCAAGCCAAAUGAGCUGACGUGGUCUCUCUGAACUACUCAAUAACUCUUAUUAAACAAUGUGUAUCAAAUAGACCAAAAUCUGAAGACAAACGGAUUAAACCGCUGGAUCGAGGGCAAAAGAGCUCUGUUUACCUGUAGCAAGAGACAAGGCCGGUGCUUCUCAAAAGUGUUAUUUUACUUUUCUCUGUCUGUGUUUGUUUAUGGCGACUGUGGAACCAUUUUGAAAAUGUGUUUUAUUGUUUUAGCCUCUUUUUUAAAUUAUGCUGUAAUAAUAAAACAUCUGACCGGGGUUAACUUUAAUAUAUGUCGUUGGUUAUUAUUAUUACUUUGUGUCCAUUUUAUUUGGAUAAUGGGUAACAUUUCAUACUCCUCACUGUAAUCAGUGCACAGACUGACACUCUUACAUGUUAAACAUAACCCAUACUGUAAAAAAAAAAAAAAGAA